CUUUCUCUCCUCUCUCUCUCUCUCAACACAUUGUUGUUCAUAAUCAUAUCCUCCAAAAAUGGAGCUGGGCAGCAUUCUUCAUUUCUUGGAGAACAAGUCCAUUCUCGUCACUGGAGCCACUGGAUUUCUUGCAAAGAUUUUUACUGAGAAGGUACUGAGGGUACAGCCAAAUGUGAAGAAACUUUUUCUUCUCUUGAGGGCUUCAGAUACAAUAUCAGCCAUGCUACGGUUUAACAACGAGGUUUUGGCAAAGGAUUUGUUCAGGGUUCUGAAAGAUAAGCAUGGUGGGAAUUUAAAUUCGCUCGUCUCGGAAAAAGUUAAAGUUGUAGCUGGAGAUAUUACUUUCGAGAACUUAGGUGUGAAGGACUCGGGAUUGUUGGAAGAAAUGUGGAGUGAAAUUGAUGUUGUCGUGAAUUUAGCUGCAAAUACCAAUUUUGAUGAUAGAUAUGAUGUUUUGCUUGGAAUAAAUACAAUUGGGGCUACCCAUGUACUCAACUUCUCCAAGAAAUGCCACAAGUUAAAAGUGCUUGUUCACGUAUCAACUGCUUAUGUAUCUGGUGAAAAAGAGGGGCUGAUAUUGGAAACUCCAUACAAAAUGGGGGAAACCCUCAAUGGGACAUCUGGCCUUGACAUUGACUCCGAAAAAAAGUUGGUAAACGACACUCUAAAACAACUCAAAGCUGACAACUCUUGUGAAGACAUUAUCAAGUCAAAAAUGAAAGAUUUGGGAAUUCAAAGAGCUAGGAAAUUCGGCUGGCCAAAUACCUAUGUUUACACCAAGGCCAUGGGGGAGAUGUUGUUGGGAGAAUUAAAAGGAAAUAUACCACUUGUCAUUAUUCGUCCCACAAUUGUCACAAGUACUUACAAGGAGCCUUUCCCUGGUUGGGCUGAAGGAGUUAGAACAAUUGAUAGCUUAGCAGUUGCAUACGGUAAAGGAAAGAUGUCAUGUUUCCUUGGGAAUCCGAAGACCGUCAUUGAUGUGAUACCAGCAGAUAUGGUAGUGAAUGCCAUAAUAGUAUCUAUGGCUGCCCAUGCAAAUCAGCCCCAACAGACCAUUUAUCAUGUUGGGUCCUCUGUUUCAAACCCUUUGGAAUUCAAGUCAAUUCAAGAUUACGGUCAACGCUACUUUACCGAGCACCCAUGGAUCGACAAACAAGGCAAGCCAGUCAUAGUCGGGAAAAUCAAAGUGUUGAAUUCCAUGGAGAGUUUCCGUAGAUACUUAUACAUCUGCUACUUACUUCCUUUGAAGGGACUCCAAAUAGUGAACACGGCUUGUUGCCAGUAUUUCGGAGGCGUGUAUCACGAGCAAUGCAGGAAGAUCAAGUUCGUUUUGCGGCUGGUUGAGCUUUAUGCGCCGUAUUUGUUCUUCAAAGGAUAUUAUGAUGAUAUGAACACGGAGAAGCUAAGGAGGGCUGCAAAGGAAAGUGGAGUUGAGACUGAUAUAUUCUACUUUGAUCCCAAAGACAUUAACUGGGAGGAUUACUUCAUCAACAUUCACCUCCCUGGUGUUGUUAAAUAUGUUUUCAAAUGAAUUGAUUAAUUUAACCAGUGUCAUAUUUGAUUGGUGCUUAUAAUUUUAUUUGUCUCUCAACCAAAACAUAAUGAUUUUAUUACAAUUAUAUCAUUCAGUUGGAGGUAACGAGUAAAAAAUCAUCAAAUUAAUGUUAGUAUAGCUGUCAGGAAUGCUUGCAUGCCUCUCAACGAUUGUUUGUAGAAAAACUCGAUCAACCCACCGACUGCAGUAAACAUCUCAGAAACCCCGAAUAUCAGAAAUUGAGGCAUCAUUAUAAUUUGUAUCGAAUUGUAUUAGUGAAAUUGUUUAUUAAUAUAUAUUUAUGAACACAAAUGCUGAUAAGACAAAGCCUAUU